GUUUAUCGAUAAUCGCAUCUAUUAGCUCGACGCUUAUACGAUAUACACCCAGCGACCCACUAAACAAAAGUAAUUGCACAACAACGAGCAAAACAAAAAGGAAGACUGGAAAAGAAAAUCUCGAGUCUAUCCAUUAAUAGAAGAACAACAUUAUGAGUGUUAUUGAGAAUUAUUCUAAUAUUCAAUCUACUACUACCUCUGCUAACAAUAAGAGCAAUUUUACAAGUUUAACCACAUCAACAAUGAUAUCGAAUCAAACACCACCUCAACAAGGUGUUGUCAAUACUCAAACACCAACUCUACGUACCCAACAAGAAAUUAAAGCAGAUUUGUAUCAAGCAGUCAUAAAAGGUAUGAUCAGCAGGGUACAAGAAUGUUUGGAAGAGUUGUUGUCACUCGCUCAUAUUACUCAAAAUACUGCCAAUUCAACUGGUCAACUGUCAUCUCCAGUUAUUGGAAAUGUAUUGUAUUCAACCUCACCUACUUCCCCUACUCACGUUAGUACCAACGGAUUGGUUACAACACCAACAUCAGAUUUAGUCAACUCUGUAGAAGAAUCAAUUACCAAUAAUCAUCCAGUUUCCUCCCCAAAUAAUUCAGUAUCCUCUUCAUCUUCAUCUUUAAUGAUUGGUAGCCCAAAUAAUCAUCUUUCAACUCACCUCUCAACAAGUGGAUCACAAAAAUUAAUAACUAUGGAUCAAAUAAUACUGAAAACAACAUUCCCUGAAGAAUUUGAUAUGAAUGUUGUUCAUCUGUCGGCAAAACAUGCACAAGCAGAUAUUCUCCAACACGUUAUUUCAUCUGCUUGUUGUGAUGAAAAGUGUUCGAAUACAAAUGGUGGUCCAAACGCCAAUCACUCAAAUGAAUGUCAAAGAAAAACAAAUGCUCUCCUAUCAAGUGUGGAUAAGCAAAAUGCCACUCCAAUUUUCUAUGCUGUACAAUCAGGAUCAAAUGGAAUUUGUGCAUUUUUAUGUAGUUUUAAAAUUGUACAGGAUCAGUUAAAUUUGCAUGCUGAUCGAUAUGGUUUCUUACCUGUUCACUGGGCUUUGAAGAGAAAACAAUUCGAAAUUAGUGAUACAUUACAAUUAUUUGGUGCAAAACUCGAUACCACUGUUGGUAUCGGUGUUGGUCUUGGAGAAUCUGUACUUCAUAUUGCUGUCAGAGAAAAAUCUAUGGAAAGCAUUGAAUAUUUGGCAAAGACAAAACCUGGUAUCCUUUUAAAGAAAAAUUCACAAGAAGAAAAUGCUCUCUUUGUAUGUUUGACUGAUUUCAGAGGAACCAGAAUUAAGAGGAUUGAAGAAUCUUUCCUCACCAAGCUUCUCCCAACUGGAGGUGAUUUGUUUGGAAAUGAUGCAUUCGAAAGAGCAAUUCUUCAAAAGAAUGGUCAUGGUAGAAAUAUCUUGAUGGAAUCUAUUGCAAAGAAUGACAUGUCUUCCUUCUAUGCUAUCUUACAAUAUCUCUAUCAUGAAAAGAAUUCAACAAAACAAAGAUUAAUUCCAAUUCUUUUCAACGAAGUUGAUUCUCAACAAAAGAAUUUGAUGCACUUGUGUGUUCAAUCAGUAUUUUUGACAGGUAUGGCCUUUGAUCCUGAUACAGAUGAAGCUUCUCUUGAUUGGAUGAAUGCUCUCGAAUGGACUCAUGAUUUUAUUGAAACUGUCAGUCCAGUAUUGAAACUCAGCAAGAUGGCUCACUUAUUCCUUGCCAAGGAUAAAUAUGGUGACACUCCAAAAGAAAGUUGUAAUCAAUUCUAUGAUGCCACCAGUGAUGCACAAGAACCUUUAAUUAUUGCAGAAUCCAUUUCCGAGUCUCUUUUGGAAGCAGCCACCAGUUGGGCUUCUGGAAAAAAGCGAAAAUCAAAGAAGGGUGGAAGAAAAACACUUAACUUUUCUGAUACUGACGAAAAUCAAAAUGCCAAAGCUCCAAGAGCCUCGUCGCUCCAUCAAGUUAUGGAUUUCAUUGGUAUUACUGUCAAGAGAGGUUUCAAGAAAUAAAAACAUAAUAAAAUUCCAAAAACAUUUAAAAAUUUUGUAUUUU